UUUAACAUAGCCAUCUUGUCGAGUGAGAGAGAGAGAGAGGAAGGGAGGCAGUUUUGUGAAUUUAAGUUCCCGAGGAGUGUGGUGGAAAAAAAAAGAGAGAGAAGGGCUGGGGGUUACAGGGGAAAGUCAGAUCAGCUGCGAUUUUCCGCUCCUUCCCACGUCCCGGGGCUGUCGCGCUCGCCACGGCGGGGAUCAGGCGGAGAAACCCGUGUUUUUUUUUUACAGGAUGUCGUACACGCUGGUUCCCAGGUAGAGAAGUGUUACAGAACGGGAGAGUGGAGGGGGAGCGGGCCCGCCUCAGACUAAAGUAUCUAUAGCGGCUGGGGGACCCGUGCCUGCGACAGCGGCCUGCUGACAACUCCGGAGCCGGGACCUCACCUGACGGAGCAGGCCGGCGCUCGGACAGCGGCGAGACGGGCAGGAACUGCGCCGCCGGGGCCCGCAGGAGGAUCGGUGCUGUAUCGGGGGUAUUUUCCACCCCCAGUUUUUUUUAAAGUCGUGCGAAAGCAACAGGAGGGAAGAGAGAGGAAAAUGACGUCCAGUCAGGUCGCUAACAGUUAUAAACUGUGAAAUCGUUACCUUUUUUUUUUUUACACUCGCCGUUGUGUGCGUCCUGCUUCGCUAAGACUCUGCGUACUACUUUUCUUUAAAAAAAAAAACCCAUCUCGGGAAGACAAGAGACAGAGGGGGAGAAAGACGGGGGGGUGCCGGGUUUUUUUCCAUCCGAGGUCUCUCAAAAUGUCUAAAAUGCCGGCGAAGAAGAAGAGUUGUUUCCAGAUCACCAGUGUCACGCAGGCUCAGGUGGCGGCCAGCAGCAUCACGGACGACACGGAGUCUCUGGACGACCCGGACGAGUCCCGGACCGAAGACGUGUCCUCGGAGAUCUUCGACGUGUCCCGGGCGACCGACUUCGAGCAGGAGGGCGUCUGCGAGCGGAGCUCGUCGGAGGAGACCCUCAACAACGUCGGGGAGACUGAGGCCGCGGCGGCGGCGGCGGCACCGGCGGCGCACAUACCUCAGGAUGGGCAGCUACAGGCGGCGACGGGUCCCCCGAACGGGGGUUUCGCUCUCAGAAGCACAGCCCUGACGGGCUCCAUUCAGGGCGAUCCGCACGUUUUGGGAGCGGCGGCCCAGCCCCCUAACACCACCACCCCCCCCGCCCCUACCCCCACUACCCCCGCUGGGGUCGUGCAGCAGCUCUCCACGCCCGUCGGUGCUGGCGGGCCUGUCGGUGUGGCCCCCGGCACGUCCCCGGCGCCCCCCCCCGCCGCGGCCGGCUCCUCCGCUUCGGCCGUGACGGCCUGCAGCUCCCGCUUCAGGGUCAUCAAGCUCGAUCACGGUACUGGGGAGCCCUUCCGGCGGGGCAGGUGGACUUGCACGGAGUUCUACGAGAGGGAUUCCGAAGGCUCGGUUAUUGCCCGGACUGUGGACAGCAUUAAGCACGCCAGUACCUUGGACCACAACGCGGACAGGGACAGUGGGCUUGGUGCCACCGGCGGGUCGGUGGCGGCCCCUGGCAUGCACUCGGUGCCGGGGCCAGACCUGGCCUGUGAGGGGUCAUUCGCUGCCAUGUCCCACCUGCAGCAGGUGGAGCAGCAGCAGCAGCAGCAGAGCUACGGCGUGGGGCUCCCGAACGUCAGCGGCCCGAUGGCGCACAGUGCUUUCCAGCCCCCUGGGUACCCCGCGCUGCCCGCCGUGGCCCAGGGCCUGCUGCCCCACGCGCACAGCAACGGGAUGAGCGUGCCCCUGCCGCCAGUGCAGAAGCUGCCCGGCGGGCCCCCCGCGGCGAGCCAGUCCCAGCAGUUUGCCUACCCUGCCCAGCCUCAGCAGCUCCCCCCCGGCCACCUCCUGCCCGGCCAGCAGCCGCCUUUGAUGCCCAGCAGCCAGUCGGAUUACCGGCAGCAGCAGUCGCCGAGCGUGCCUACCACCGUGCCCGCUGCCUCCAGCACUCCUGUCUCCAUGCCAAACGCCCUGCCCGCGCUGGGCCCUCCCCAGGCGCAGGGGCCCCAGGGGGGCGCGCCCGUGGGGGGCUUGGUCAUGCCCGGGCCGGGAGGGGCCGUCCUGCCGCAGGGCUUCGGCCAGUUCCCGGCCCAGACCGCGGUCGGCCAGGCGGAAGGUAACCGAAGGAAGUCCGAUGCCCUACCUCAGCCUCUCGCCACCUCCGGGAAGGAUCCGGCGAGGCCCCUGGCCACAGAGCCCCUGCAGCUGCCCGCCGCCACCCCAGUGAACAACCUGACCCCCACCGUGUUUGGCAUCCCUAUUCCCAUUGACGGGGAUGAAGACAGGAACCCCUCCACGGCUUUCUUCCAAGCCUUCCCGUGUCACAGGCCGCGGGAUUCAAAGAGCCCCUGUGGCAGUACAUCCGGAGCGAGCGUUGUAGCCAUCGAUAACAAAAUAGAGCAGGCGAUGGACCUGGUGAAGAGCCACCUGAUGUACGCCGUGCGGGAGGAGGUGGAGGUGCUGAAGGAGCAGAUCAAGGAGCUGUACGAGAGGAACUCUGUGCUGGAGCGGGAGAACGCGCUGCUCAAGUCCCUGGCCAACACCGAGCAGCUGUCGCAGCUCUCGGUGCAAAUCGCGAACCCCAGCGGCACCCCGCCGCCGGGCCCGGCCCCCGCCGAGGCCGGCCCCCCGGCCCCCCACCAGCAGCCCAACGCCUCGUCCGCGUGAAGCCCCCCCCCGGCCCCCCGCGCGGGGCGGGGGGGGAAAGAGAACGGAAGUAGAGGAAAAAAAUACGAGUCUUGUCCGCCACCAGUGUUCUUACCAGUCUUCAAGCGAAGAGCCAUGCUUCAGAGUGCGUGCAGUCAUUGGCCUUCCCAGUAUUAGACAAUCAUCCUGCAAGAGCUUUCUGUGUCCUGCCCAUCUCGCGCGGCGCCGCGGGUGCAGCGCACAGGGAAGGGGUGGGCGUCUGGCGGAGAUGGCUGUACCUGGAAGAGGGCCGAGCUGUGGGUGGUACUUCUCAUCCUUUUUUUUUUUAAGGCUUGCUUGCGGGGUUUUUUUUUGUGGAAACCUUAGUUGGUCAAUGGAGCUGUCUUCAUGUUGUAAGAAGUGCGAGUCUGUUUUAAGAGCCCACCAUACUUCAACAUGAGUUAGAAAAAAAAAAAUUACAUCCAUUCAGUUUUUACUGUUUUUGCUGUUUAUUUAUUACAGGGCUGCUAUUUUCGUAAUGUAAAUGAACAAUGUCACAGAAUCAUUUUGAAAGGAAAGUUCUGAACGUUCUGAAAUGUAAAGUAAUCUGAAAUGAAAUGGAUGAGCGGUAUUGCAGAGAGAUAGUAAAAUGUAGGCAAUAAUAAAGAAAUUCCUGGUGUAGUACUAACACUAACGGCAAUUUUAUUUUUGGGAUUAUUUACAAUAGUUAAGACCCAGUUUGAAUGUACAUUUUGUAUAGAGUGUAAAGUAUAAAAGAGCAUAGCAAGUUUGUACAGGUUAACAUCAGUUAUCUUAAACCAAUCUCUGGUGGGCUGUUUUGAUGAAGAGAACUAUGCCGUGUCUGUUGCUAGUUUCUUUAAGAACAGGUGAUUGCCAUUAUGCCCUAAACCUUUUUUAAAUAAAUCUUGUGCAUUCUGGAGGGGUGGGGGGAAUUGGGGGAAAAAAAGCUGUGAAAUUGUUCAACCUACUUUGUAACCAAAGAUGCAAAGCUGUGUAAUUCAAUUUUAUUUUGUAAUGCACACUCUAUACGUAUUUUUUAGUUUUGUUACUUUCUCCUUCACAACAAAAAAAGAAAAUCUUUUGUUGCUGUUUAGCAUGUUCUGCAUGAUCUGUAAUCUUCAAACCACUUUCUUACCUCAUGUUUUUAUUCAGCACUCUUAUUGUAAGUAGUCUGUGAACAAUGUUGAUGAAAUAACCGAACGAAGAGCUGGCAGUGAUGGAGGUGAAUCUAGUGGGGAUGCACACUAGUCAGAGAAAUGAAGUGAGCCAUCUUUUGUUCAUUUAAAUGGUGUUUUGAAUUUCAUAUGCAGAAAAAACGUUUUGUUACAUUGCAAAUUUUAAUGUAUUUAAUAAAUGCAACAUUCAGAUUCCAAGUGUAGUGUACACUGAGUAUUUAAAGGGCCCCUGAGUGGUCAUUACACUCUUUUAAGACCUUAUUUGCUAAAUUGAAAUUGUACAUUUUGUCAAUUCGAUUUGUUUUUCCUAGACUGAAUAAAUACAAGACAGUUGCACGUGCUAAGGGUGCAAUAUAGACUUUUUCCACUGUAACCUUUCAAUUUUCCUCAGCAAUCCCCUUUAAAAUUGUUUUGUUUCUGCAUAAUCAAAAUACCUUAGACAGCUUGAGGGUAUUUAAAAGACCAAUGUCUUUCGAUGCUCAUUAAAAAGGCAUGAAUCGCUGCUCACUGUCUUACUGAAUCCUGAAUGGGUAGUGGAUGUCUGGAUCAAAACCUGCAGCACUGGUACAUGUCAAAACCAUCCUGCACCUUCUGUCUUCCCUGUAAGAUCUGGAUCGUGCCCUCCCGUCAGUGGAGAAUGGCAUGUGUCACUGUCCCUGCUGUUUGCUGUGUAGCUCUCGUGAUUCCUGAGUGAAAUAUUUGUGGUCAAGAUUCCUCCUCGGCGCUGCUUUUUUUUGCAGAAGGUUCAUGCUCCAGUCUUUGCUCUUGGGCCUUACUUGUGCAUUGAAGUUGACAAACUGGAAGGUAUUAAAUUUUCUAUCUGGAGAAAGUG